CACUGUGCAGUCUGGAAAUCAGGGGGCACCUCUCUGACGAUGAAUUCCAAUUAGUUGCUAAAGAUGCCAGAGUGUGUGCACGUACAGGCGUUUUCUUUCCCCUCCCCCUUUCUUCCUUUUUCCAAGCCCCCUCUUCUCCCUGUUUCCCCUCCUACUCCUUUAUCCCCUCCCUCCGUGUCUCCGUUCUGCAGUACGCGGGUUGAAGCACAUUCCUGCUUUGCAAGGCUUUCUGCUAAGGAUGUAUUGUGGCUUUUGUUUGGAUUGCAGCAUGCAGAAUUACAGCUGUUCAGAGGAGACUCAUUACAACUCCUGCUGAAGCUCCUAAUCUUCUUCCCUUCUCUUCUACCCUUUCCCCCUACCCUCACUUGGCCUGAAGACGUUCUCCCCAGAGUUUACCUUGCUCCCCUGGUGCUAUGUGUAUGGUGAACCUGGCACUAUGGCUGCGUCUGGGACUGGCCAGACAACUGCUGCUGGCUCUCCUUAUUCCAGGAAGGAUUUAAAGGGGAAUUGCACUGCAGGCAAUGCACCAGAGCAGCAGCAUCAGGAGCUUGGGGAGUAAGGCUCCUCUGGCAUUAUUACACACAUGCAAAGCUGACCGCAAUGACAGCAGCUGCUUCUUUGAACUGUUGGCAGCAGCCAAGCGGCAGCAUGAAGUGACAGAUCACUCCUGAGCUCAAGAUGAACUCCACCUUGGAUGGUAAUCAGAGCAGCCACCCUUUUUGCCUCUUGGCAUUUGGCUAUUUGGAAACUGUCAAUUUUUGCCUUUUGGAAGUAUUGAUUAUUGUCUUUCUAACUGUAUUGAUUAUUUCUGGCAACAUCAUUGUGAUUUUUGUAUUUCACUGUGCACCUUUGUUGAACCAUCACACUACAAGUUAUUUUAUCCAGACUAUGGCAUAUGCUGACCUUUUCGUUGGGGUAAGCUGCGUGGUCCCUUCUUUAUCACUCCUCCAUCACCCCAUUCCGGUAGAGGAGUCCUUGACUUGCCAGAUAUUUGGUUUUGUAGUAUCGGUUCUGAAGAGCGUCUCCAUGGCUUCUCUGGCUUGUAUCAGCAUUGAUAGAUACAUUGCCAUUACUAAACCUUUAACCUAUAAUACUCUGGUUACACCCUGGAGACUACGCCUGUGUAUUUUCCUGAUUUGGCUAUACUCGACCCUGGUCUUCCUGCCUUCCUUUUUCCACUGGGGCAAACCUGGAUAUCAUGGAGAUGUGUUUCAGUGGUGUGCGGAGUCCUGGCACACCGACUCCUACUUCACCCUGUUCAUCGUGAUGAUGUUGUAUGCCCCAGCAGCCCUUAUUGUCUGCUUCACCUAUUUCAACAUCUUCCGCAUCUGCCAACAGCACACAAAGGAGAUCAGCGAAAGGCAAGCCCGCUUCAGCAGCCAGAGUGGGGAGACUGGGGAAGUGCAGGCCUGUCCUGAUAAGCGCUAUGCCAUGGUCCUGUUUCGAAUCACUAGUGUAUUUUACAUCCUCUGGUUGCCAUAUAUCAUCUACUUCUUGUUGGAAAGCUCCACUGGCCACAGCAACCGCUUCGCAUCCUUCUUGACCACCUGGCUUGCUAUUAGUAACAGUUUCUGCAACUGUGUCAUUUAUAGUCUCUCCAACAGUGUAUUCCAAAGAGGACUAAAGCGCCUCUCAGGGGCUAUGUGUACUUCUUGUGCAAGUCAGACUACAGCCAACGACCCUUACACAGUUAGAAGCAAAGGCCCUCUUAAUGGAUGUCAUAUCUGAAUUGGCUCAGUUACGGGGUUCCCGUGUGUGUGUGUGUGUGUGUGUGUGUGUGUGUGUGUGUGUGUGUGUGUGUGUGUUUUAUCUCUAAGUAUUCCUAAUUUACUGGGAAAUCUGGGACAGAAUACUUUGACUCUAAGCAAUAGCAUACAAAUUAUUCGUACGGAUACCUUCUAAGUUUGUAGAAAUGGUUUUCAAAAGUGCUUGUGAAUUAGAAGACUCAAGAUCAUGAAGACAAAUUGCUCUUGCUCUCAAUUUUUCAAAUGUCUUGGACAUGACUACAGUUCUCAGAUUUAAAAUGAAUAAAGCCAUAUCUAACACCUCUUUCCAGCUGGCAUGACUGAACCUGAGUGUGAAAAGCAUCAGCAUUUUAAAAAGUCAUCAUUUUCUUGUCACUUUCUGGGUUCUUUCCAGCUAUUUGGGCUACAUGUGCAAUUGAUUUCUUCUAACAGGGAAUAGUAAAAUAUAAAUUAAAAGGUUUUAGAAAUUACUUUUUAUGUAUGCCAAAGCAUAACUACACUGCAAGUUUCAACACUGUUAUUU